UAUAUUGCUGUCAAUUUUAAACUGCAGUUUAGUCGAUCGAAAUUGUUAAUAAUUUAUAUUUUAAAAAACAAAAACAGUUAUUAAUAACAGAAUGUGAAAUAAAUACAUAGUGAACUGGAAUCGGUUCAAGUUAAAAACGUCCAUGUAAAUAAACAGUGGCAAGAUGAUAGCAAUAUCAAAACACGAAUUUGUUUUACAAUAAUAAGAAAACAUGAAUAAAAAAAUUGACUUAAUCAAAAUAGCAUAGCAUAAAUUUUGUCUAAGAUGUCUCGGAGGUCGAUGUUUUUGAUUGCGGCAGCGGUAGUGCUGUUAUAUUUUUCGAUAAUUUUGUUUAUGUUGAACCCUUUGCACGGGUCUCGGGGUGGGUAUUAUGGCGGCGGGUAUAUGAAUAGCUUCGCGUUUCGACACGACCCGCCUGUGAACUGGUGCAGUGAGUUGCGAUGGCGGAAUCCUCCGUCUCCGGACGUGGUCGCCCUGGCGUCCUACCCGGGCAGUGGCAACACAUGGCUACGAUAUCUCUUGCAACAAGUUACGGGUGUAGUAACAGGCUCAAUAUACAUGGAUUACGGACUCAGAGUGCAUGGGUUUCCUGCUGAGAAUGUGACGGACGGAUCAGUUCUUGUAGUGAAGACCCAUGCAAUACCAAGUGAUUCUGACAAGUUUAAAUCUGCUGUCUUACUAAUUAGAAACCCCAGAGAUGCUAUACUGGCUGAUUUCCAUAGACUGCAUAGAGGACACAUAGGGACAGCGCCAAAAUCAGCUUUUAAAAAGAAGUCUCAUGAAAAUAAGAAAUCAGAUUGGGCGACGUACGUGUCGACUCAGCUGACGGCGUGGGAGUCGCUCAACCAGAUGUGGUUGACGCGCUUCCCCGGCCCGCUGCACAUCGUGUUCUAUGAGAUCCUGGUACGUGACACUCGGAACACGCUGCAGGGGAUACUCGACUUCUUGAGCUAUAAUGUUACUGAGACCGCAAUGAACUGCGCAAUGGCAAACAAGGAAGGUAUAUACAGACGCAAGAAGAAGUACCAAGACUUCGAACCGUUCACAGCAGACAUGUACAAAGCACUCGACCAGGUUCGGAAUCGCGUGCUCAGCAUGGUCAUGGACUAUAAGAGGAAACAUAGCAAUGUACUGCAGGUAGGGUAUGUAUGAAUCGUUCUAGAAUGUGGUACUAUAUAGGAAAGGCAGAAGGUCUACUCUUUAAACUUGAAUCUUGUUCAAUAAAUGCACAAUUUUUCGGGCCUAAUUUAAUUACGGUAAUAGAAGAUAGAUAAGAUGUGUACUUAUUUAAUUCUCACGUUGUAAUAAUGUAAUGGUUAUUUUUUCGAGUUAUGUUUUUUUUUAAGGGAAUAAGAAUUAUUUUUGUAGAAUGUUUUAUCUGUAAAAUUAUAAUGAAAGAGACUUGUAAAAGAUUUUAAAAUUAAAAUGUUAAGUUAUAACUUAAGGGCCUCUCAAGUAUUCAUUAAUCUAUUCAUUUCUCCAAAGCCCAAUAGAUUUUUCACAUGUAUUAACUAAAAGUUUAAAGAGUUGAUCUUCUGAUAUUUAUCUCUUACGCCUACUUCUGGGGCUUUAAGAAAAAUCAGUAUUUUUAUAUCAUAGAAUUGCAAUGAAAGAGUCUCUUAUAAAGUAAUUAUAUUCAAUUCAACUCAUAUUUGCACACGGCGCUAUGUCUGGGCAACUUAGUCAACAUACAGUGACAUUGUGUACAGUCGCUAAGAUAUUUUUGGUUUGAAGUUUGUAUAGAAAUUAUUGACAAGCAUCUGCUCAGAUAUUAAUGAGGUAAUAAAUGUUCAGAUAUUAAUGGUAACUUGUAGCGAAUGGAAAUUAUUGACAUUUGAAAUUGUUCAAAAGUAUUUCGUCACCUUGUCUGCUACGAUAUAUCUGAUGGCGACUGUACUACAACUUUCAUUUGUGUGUCACUGUCACACAAAGUAAAAUCACAGUAAACAAUCGCACGCACACAUAGCGCUAUGUGCACAAAUGAGUUGAACUAUCCGUAGAAGAGUAUUUUGUGUUGUCGUUUGUUGUUAAAGUCCAUACAAGCUCAAAAACAAUGAUAUCGAAGCUAAAUGUAGGAUUGUAAUUGUUAUAACGAAUCGACCUAAUGUAGUUUAAAAGAAAUGUACAAAAUCUUCCUUUGUGUGUCGUAGUGGUUUGAAUGUGUCAUGGAAAUUAUACAUAUAUUAAAGUAGUUUGUAAUUUUCUAAACCUUGGGGCUAUCUACCAUCGACUAUCAAAAUUGAAAAAAUAUGUAGUUGUGUAAGCGAGCUGCCGAUCUACGACGUUUAGUGUGUCGUCUCGCUUUCUCAAAUGCAGUAAUGUUAUUUUAAGUAGACUCCCAGAAAUAUGAAGAACAUAGAGUUCAUAUGAAAUGUACUUUAAGACCUUUCAUGUAUUCUAUUACCUAUGUUCACAAAUAAAUAUGAUUGAUUGAUUGAAGAAUAGAAAUUCUUCCAAGAUAGUGUAGUAAUAUGAUUAUGUCAGAAGUCGCAAAAAUACCCCAUAUUCUUCGUAAAUAUAUUCUUAUAAAUUCUUCGGUUCGUACUUAUUUGGAUUUUAGCGCCCACUUUUGGGCUUAAUUCUAAUAUUUACUUAAUCUACGCACAAAUGUAUUUUUUGUCUUUUUUACCUACCUAAAAUAACAUAUGAUCGAAAUAAUUGAUAAGUUUAAUGAUUAUACAAUCAUUUUGCGACUUUUAAUUUGCAUUUUUAGUAAUUUAGUAUUUACAAUUCUAUGAUGUAGUAUUAGCAAAUUGGUACCUCCUUUAGACAAAAUACCUCGACGCAUUUAGAGAAAGCUUUACUGGAGUAAUAUUUGUUUACAAUUCAUAUUUUAAGCAAAAAAUAAAGCAUUUAUGGACUCGAAUCCAAAAACACAUUUAAUAGAUUCCUUUACAAAUAUUGUUUUACAUUCAUAUAGAGAACACACGGACCUCAUUCUUAAACUGUAAUAAAAAAAAGCAGUAUUCGAUUUUGCUUUACGCAAUUUAGGAAGUAGUUUCUAAUUAUUGAGAUGUUGAUGUACCUUGUUUACUAAAAUUGGCCUAAAUGGAUAAUAAUUUAAUGUAGGUCUUCUAAAAUACCUCUUUAUUGUAAAUAACCCUAGGCAUUGCAAUUGCUGAUUGAUCGCUUAAAUGUGCUCAAUGGGAGUGGCAAGUCCAAAACGUAGAAUAAUAAUUAUUUAAAUCGAAUAACGGAACAAAGGUAAAUACGUAAUUCAUUUUACUUUCUAUAGCUAGCCGAAACAAGAAGAACAAUAUGUCUAUUUUUGGCUUCGUCUUCAAGCUUUAAACCUGUUCAAGCUAUUAGAUAGUUCUAGAUAUUACCAAAGAAAUACCAGUAUUCAUAGUAAGAUCUGUUACAUAAGACGCACGUGAUGUUAGAUUUGACAAUAGUUUAAUUUCUAUAUAUCAGAUUUGUCUUUUAGUGGCUGAUAGUCCAUGAAUAUUUUUUUAUAGUAAUGUUAUAUCGUGAGGAGGAUUCAUUCAUUCAUUGUUUAAUGAUGCAAUGCGGGGUCUUGUUUCAAUAUCGUCAAUUUGUCUCGCGAUCCCGCCGCGUCAGCUCAUGAUUAAGGACUCCGGUUGGGUCUGAAACUAGUCGGGCAAUCCCGAUAAAUACGCGUGACUAAAAAUAGCAUCAUUUAAUAACAUCAUUUUAUUGUACAAUUUAAUUAGCUCAUUGUAUAAACUGUUCCUAAUUUUAGGCCUAAUUUUAUUAUUGUAAUUAAUUAGUAAAUAUUACGUAAUUCGUUAACUAGUCAAAGUUUAGUCAACUUGUUAAUUGUGUACUUAUUUAUUGAAGAACACCACAGACCAGACAAUAAACGUAGACAGAACUUAGCAAAUAUUAUCACUACGUUUACGCUUCUUUAAAAAAGGUAAAUAUUUAAAGUAUUUUUUCAUAUAACCCAAUGUUGGGCAAAGGUUUCCCCGAAUCCUUCCACGAAUCUCUAUCCUGGGCUGAUUCCUUAGCAGACUGUUACAUUUGUUAAAUGAAAAUUCCACAGCUUUCUAUGUUAUUUUGUAUGAGUUACAAAAUGACGUCGUUGCUGCAAGACAGCCCACUAUGGCCGUAAUCAAUAAUCCUCCGUCAUAAACUGCGCGUCAACGUGUUAGUAUCUGUCUAUACUAUUACUGGUCUGUAAUAAAUAGUUCUAAAUAAAUCUUCGGGCUAUAUUAAAUGAAACACGAUGUUACUACUGUCAACGAAAAUCGCGAUUAAAGUUCAAAUGUAAGCACUUGGUUAUAUACGCACUGUAAAUUGUCUAUAUAGUAUAAAUAGUGCUUAACACAUAUUUAUUUGUAAUUCAGUUUUAAUGUAUGUAAACGUGUAUGAAACGUCGUUUAUAAGGUAACUGAACAUAUGAUUAGGUGCCUAAUUUGACAUUGAAAGUUUGUUCGUAUAUAAGACAACUAUAGUCACCAAAUUCUCGACGAUUUAAACCAACUUAAAAGAGGAGGGGGUUUUCAAUUCGGCUCGUAUUUUGUUAUAUAUAUGUACAUCGAUUAUUCCAAAACUUCUGAUGCGAUUCACGUGAUUCAUUCAGUACCUAUCUGACACAUUUGUCGGUCAUCAGUCGGAUUCAUUUUUUGGUAAAAUUAAUUAUUCUUUUAAAUUUUCUACUGUUUAUAUUGGAAAAGAUGAAAAUCACGUCGUGAUCUUGGAGACGAAAAUCAUUAAAGGUCAGACUUAGUUUCCUUAUGUACUAACAGACUUACGUUUAGACUAAGCCUGCAGAAAAUAUUGUUUGUUUGUAAUUCUAUACGAUUACAAUUUAGUUCGUAUUCUCUGACAAUGAUAACUAGCCUAUUUUCAUUCCAUAUUGUUUAUUUUCUUAGUUUUGUGUUCUGUAUGAUGUUAGAUAAUAACUGCAUUUAAUAUCAAUGUUGAUUAGUUGUAAGUACUACAAAGAUCGAUGUUUAUCAGAAACUGGUAUUAAAUGAAUUUCCAAAUAAA